AUGACCACCCAAGACAACUUCGGUAUUGCCAUGCCUACACAAGAUCAACGAGACAUUGUCAGACCUUCCACCGAACUCGGCACGCCAUCAGUCUCCACUGUUCAAGUCUCCCGCAGCCCUUCUUUACCAAGUGGUAGCCCUUUCUGGGAUCAAAUGGACCUGAUCUCUCCGCCCAGUAGCCCGUCACCCAGUCGUGUUCCUGAGUCUACUAUGGACCUCGAUCGUUAUGUGCAGCGCGGAUUCUCUGAGGAUCUGGCACUUCCGCCUCGCCAGAUUGAGAAGCCUUUUCGCUUCCUGGAUCUGCCUGCUGAGCUUCGCAUCAUGGUCUUUGGAUUUGCUUUUGAACAGACCCAUUGGUCGAGUUUUGACUGCCCACCUUGGUCAUACAACGGGGACUACAAUGUCAAUUUGUAUCCUACCGCGGCGUAUCUUUCGCGUACGAAGUGGCAGUGGCGCCCACCUCCAUUGUCUGAAGUGAACAAGCAACUCAGACAGGAGACUUUGUCGAUGUACUACGGCAUGCAUGAUUUUGUGUGGUACUGGGACGUGGAAAAUGUCGUCAGAUAUGUUUGCGACUCAAAACCAAAGGAAUUUAUUCAGUGUCUUGAGAACCGCUUGAACUUCCUCGAAAGCCACGGGAUCAGGAUGAAGAGCAUCACCUUCCUCGACCCUAAAACAGAGGAGUGGGGAGCUUGGAGCAUUAUGCCCUUGAUUGAAGCUGUCCGCACUUUUGCACCACUCCAGCGCUCCUUGAGUCUGACGGGCAAAGCACAUCGAGUGCUGGAUGGCAUAAAUUUCGUUCAAAGUUCUUUGUUGACUCGUCGCGUCUUUGACUUUGCAGGUUCCCUUUCACCUGAGAUAUUGGAAGACGAGGAGCUGAUUGACAGAGAGCUUCGAAGAUUCUUGGAGGACGACAGAAAAGGCCGACGGAUCCUGAGGAAUAUCGUGAAUUGGGAGUGGAGGGAUCGCAGGGGUCGGCAGGAACGCAGAAGAAUCAACAAAGAGAGAAAGCAAAAGCGAAAUGCCAUCGAGGGAGAAGAGAGAUGGGGCGGCGUACUCCGUGGUCGUCCUGCUAGAGACGAGAGCGGCACAGGAUCGGAAUGA